CCUGCUUGCACAGGGGAAUUUGUAGGAAAGUGGCUAAAUUUCAUUGAUUUGCAAGUCUUCGACGGGUCUACGGCUGUGGAACAGGGAAUGGAUGCUCCAUGUUGUUGAGCUGUGCACAGUGAAGAUUGUGAUGCAAUGAAGGUCUACUGAAGCUGGCGCCAUGUUCUCUGUGCGCAUUGUAACCACCGACCACUAUCUGGCUCCACCUAUACCCGGGCUCGACGUCACACACUCGCUCUUCCGGGGAUGUGAUGUUAAGAGAGUGCCUGUCCUGAGGAUAUUUGGAGCAACACCAGCUGGACAAAAGACGUGCAUGCACGUUCAUGGAGUGUUUCCUUACCUUUACGUCCCAUAUGACGGCACACAACCAUGGGAGAGAUACCUGCGUCUCUUUUCUACAAGCCUUGACAAAGCCAUUAAUGUGGCAAAUAACAGUGCCAAGGCUGAUGUCCAGCAUGUCUUCAAGAUUUCCAUUGUCUCCGGAAUACCCAUGUAUGGAUACCAUGCACAAGAAGAAGAAUUCCUCAAGAUCUACAUGUUUAACCCUUCAUCUGUCAAGAAGGCAGCUGACCUUUUAUUGGGCGGUGCAGUGAUGAACAAGCCCUUCCAGCCCCAUGAGGCUCACAUACCAUACAACUUACAGUUGUUUAUUGACUACAACCUGUAUGGGAUGAAUCUCAUCAACACGUCUGCUGUUAAGUUUCGCAGAGGUCGUGAAGAGGAGAAUGACCCCCAGAGGAAUCAAUUAGAGCAGCGGUCCUCUCCCCUGGACGACUCGGACUCCACCCCUCAGACACCUGUCCUUGGAUCAAGGGAGUCCCCAGAUAACUCUGGGAUCAACACCCCAAGCAGAAGAGUAUGGGACGUGCCCCACAUACCUAGUGAGCUGAUGUUGGAUGCUGAAGUGUCCCGGCAGACGACGUGCCAGCUGGAGGUGGAUGUAGUUGCAGCAGACAUCCUCAACAGACAGGAAGUCGAUGCUAAUAUCGGAGCUAACCCUGGUCUAGCAGCAAUAUGGGAAGAUGAGAAACAGCGCCGGAGGAACCUGGGGGAAACAUCGCAGAUCUUGACCCCACAAUCGCAGGAUCGAGCUGAUGUGGAUGUAGCAGAGAGCGAAUGUAAUCUCAGGCAGAGGCUUCAGGAAAUCAUUGAACAACAGAAACCCUUUCUUGAAAGCCAGUCAGAUGAAGAAUCUGACAUGUCCCAGGGUUCUGAGGACGAUUUCUCUGCAACACCUGCGUCACAAGUUGCCUUCCAUGUCUCCCAAGAUUCAGACCAGUUAGAGUCCUCCCAGGAAACAGUAAUACUGGAUGAUGUUGGUGGAGAGAAGGAACAGGAGGAUGGGAAGGAGGAGCCCAUCAUCAGCUUGGAAUCCAUACAGAAAGUCCUGUCCUUCAGUCAGAGCUUCUCACAGGCUUCUCAAAACUCAGAUGGACCAGACACGUCUCUGGCGGAUGUGCUUGCAGCUCUGGCUGAUGACUCCUCCCCAGUCUCCUCACAGCUGAGUGCCUCCCAGGUGUCGGCCUUGGAGGACAAUGACAGCAUCAUCACCCACAACACUGGCAUCGUAGAUGUGGAGGUGUUGAAGGAUGAGGAGGAGGAGACAUUGGAGAUGUCGCAGAGAGUCUGGGAUGGGGCAGAGCCAGAAGAGGUCUUGCAUGAGGAAGAUGAGCAUGGCGAGUCUGAAGAGCAUAACUUGAAAGGUAUGGAUGACACAUGGACAGACUCCCAGUUCCUUCCCAGUGAGAUGAUGGACGAGGAGGAGGAAAAGGAGGACCAUAUACCACAGUUUGAUGGUGCUUCUGAUGAAAAAUCAGACGUGCCAGUGGCCCAGAGGAAAAGACUGGGUAUGAGGGGUCAGGUCAUGCCACACUUGCCAAUGACCAUGCAGAGUAACCAAGGUUACCAACAGUACAGAGAUGAUGGCCGAGGCAGCUAUGACAGCAGUGUAUACAAUCCACCUGCCAGCUACAGUGAGAACAGCAUGGGACAACAACCUCCAUUUUCUUCGGGGGCAGAACGAUAUUCUCAACUGAAUCCAGAAUAUGCUCGCCCUUGGGAUUCAAGCUACAGGAUCGGAGAGUUGGAUGGAAUUUCAAAACGGAACUGGGAACAUACAGUAUGGCAGCAACAGCAGCACCAACAGCAGCACCAACAGCAGCAACGGAUGAUGUCUCAAGGCCAUCAAUCAUAUCAGGGCUACCCACCACACAUGGAUGACAUUAACCUUGGGUAUAGGGGGCCUGCUCAGUCAUCAGAACAGAACUACAGAGGCAGCUACAACUUCAACCAAUACCAACAACACUAUGGCAGCCAGGACAGCUUCAAUGAACAGUCAUCCUUCUCAACACAAUCACCCACAAACUUCAUGGGCCAUGCUGAGCAGCUCUCACCAAACUAUGUACCAAAUAUCUCAUCAGGUUUGCCACAUGCUCAACAUUCAUCAGCACAGUUGUCUCAGCGCUCCUUGCCUCGUUCAACUCAACAGUCUAAUCGGCUGACAUCCUCAUCUCAACAUGCCUCACCCACACAACUCACAGGUCAACACACAUCGCCUCUUAUGCCGCCACACAUAUUGCCACAAACCAUGCAACUCACAUCAAUGGCUGGUCAUACAUUUAAUACUGAGUCCAUUACCUCAAACCAGCCUGUUUUUCCAACUAUUUCACGAGAGGCAACAACAUCUUUCCAGCAGAUGCUGAAUUCACCUGCUCCAUCAACUCAGGACUCCAACAUGAACAGAAGCUUGAGCAGAUCCUCAAUUCACUCAUCUGCUUCCCUCGCAUCCAACAGCAGUGAAAGUGAGCUUUCUCUCACACAUCUCAGCUCAGCUAGUGACCAUAGAUUAGAUGGAAGUAGUUUUGAAAAGUUGGUAGAAAAGACGUCAUCCAACAUCACUGCCUUGCCCAACAUGACAUCAGUAGAACUUACCUCAAGUGAUUGCUCAACAUCUGUUCAAAGACAACCCUCCAGAGACAAUAGUCGAGAUGAUCUGUUUGGGGAGUCUCCUCAUACCAUGUUGGGUGGUUCUACCCCUUCCUUGUCUGUGGAUGAAAGCAAUGAGUCUGCCAAUGAGUCGAUGAUUGACAUGACUGGCUGUGAUGACUUCAUGCCUGGUGGGUACGACUCAGGUGGAGAUGGUUCUCAGAACUCAGUGACAGGUCAGGAAAUGUCUGGAAUCCCGUACCUUACAAAUCUAGAUUUGCCUGCUCCUGUGAGAAGAGAUAGUAGGCGAGAGAGUUGCCCGUCAUCUCUCACAGGAUUGAUCAAUUUGGUGUCAAGUGUCUCAGACACUAAUUUUACAAAUUUCCGCUCAAGAUCCAAGUUGUCCUUGAAGAGAACCAAUUCUGACACCCGUGUGACUAAUUCGCGGGAAGGAUAUAGUUGGGGUCAGGAUCAUUACUACAACAGUAAUGUGAAGAAAUCAAUAGGUGUUGCACCGUCAUAUUACCCUUGGGGUCAAAAUGGUAAUAUAAUUCCGCAUCUCAGAGUUAACACAGGUAUUGUUCAAAGUGCUACUGGUGCUAGGAAACGAGGACGACCUCCCAAGAAGAAACUGUUGGUUACUUCAGAAAGGCAAGAAGUGUUGACACCAAAUGCAGCUUAUACCUAUGCUUUCCAUGUCCCAACGCCUGUGUUCAAGAGACUGAAAAUCAGGCACACAUCCUUAUCUCGUAGUAGUGAUGUGAAAAUAGUCAGAAUGCACCCAAUGGAUGCCAGAAGAUACAGUUUGCUUAAAAUUGGUAGGGAAGUUGUUCGGAUCCCAAAAUUAACAGCAAAAGACAUUGAGAAGAUGUCAAAACGUCCUUUAUGUCCACCAGUGUCUGAUGGGUUUUCUUGGAAAUCCAAUGGCUGUUCAGCUGACCAUGUACCAACAAAAGUAUUACCGACCCUGCUGGCUGUGAAGCCAGUUCACCUUGUGUACUCCAAGAAACCUGAAGAAAGGGUACCUGUUCUGAGUCAGUUUGGGGACAUCUUUGACAAGAGUCCUUCUGAAGGGAAGAAUAGGGACAAACAAGAGUUUUCCUCAAUGGAGUCAUUUGCCAGACAGCUGCCUGAAAUACCAUCUCUUAGGAGCUGUGAUGACAGUAUGAAAAUGAGGAAACUUUUAAAAGAAAAGCUGUGUCAAUUUAAACCAAAUUUAGAAAUAGUCCAGCAGCCCAGUAAACUUGAAAAUGUUCUGGAGAGAGAAAUACUUUCAGUGCAGAAUUGUGACAAUCAAGCAGAGAUGAAUGAGAAUGGUCUGGAGAGAGAGUCUCUUUCAGUGGAGAGCCAGAAUGGAACACCAGUUGUCCUGGAAAAAGAGACACCCUCAGGUCAGAAUAGUAAUUCCUCCCCAGCCGAAGUAAAUGGAACUAGCCUUGAGAAGGAGAGCCUUUCAGCUGAGAGCCUGGACAAACCAAAUGUUAACAAUGAAAAUGUUGUGGAGCUAGAUAGUCUCUUGGGGCAGAAGCAGCACAGGACAUCAAGUGACAUGAGUAAAGAUGUCCCUGAACAAGAGACUAUCUUAGAGCAGAACUCUGACAAUGUGGUGUGUGAUAAUGUCCCGGAGCAAAGCGCAACCUCAGGGCAGAAGCAGGACAGAACACUUAGCAACACGGAUAUGAAAUCAGAAUCUGCAGAUAUUCCUAUUUGUAAACUUACAACCAAAAGUCACAGAGUCAGUUUUUCCCAAGAUUCACUCCCAUGUGUGGAACCUGCAAAAGAUUUGGAAGAUUUAGAAGUUGGUGUGUUAAACAAAGGAAAGUGUGAUGGACAUUAUGAUGAAGAGGUUCAAAAGGAUAUUGUCUGUGUUGGUAAGAACAAGGUAGAAGAUGUGAAAGAAAAGGAAGUAAAAUCUGAUUCUUUUGUAAAGAAGGCUGUGAAGGAAAAUAUAUCUGAUUCUGAUACUGUCAGUGCUGAAAAAGUGUCAGUAGGAUUGUCAGAAAGUGUUAUUAGCAAAGUGGCUGUAAAAGAAUCUGAGAAAAAGGACCGUUUGUUGAAUAUGUGUGAAACUGAAGAUAAAAGAUUUGCCAAAGAAGGAAACACAGGAAGGAAAGUUUACAUGGAGACCGAUUCAGCAGAGGAAAGGCAGAUAAUAAGUAAGCGGCCUGUUCACAACUCAUCUGACUUGGACAAUACAAGGCACUUUCCUGUGGAUUUCUCCUCAUUAGAAGACCCACUGGUUGUCCAGUCGUCUGUGAAGUCUGUGCCGGUGGACAUGCCUGACCAACAACGGCCUCUCCACACUCCACCUUUGAUGUUACUGGAGUCUGAUCAGGAGGACAAAGGACAAGCAAGAGUCGACAAACACAGGAAGCCUGAUGCUGUUGUCAGGAGGGUGAUGCCAGAUAUACCAGCAUCUCUUCCAGAAUGUAGUGCAGUUGCCAAGACAACGAUGGGCUAUGGCUUCUACAGUGACAAGGACCACUCCAGUGAGGCUGAGUCAAUCUUCUCCAUACCUCACUCCAGAGCUUCUUCUCGAGCCAGCUCCAGGAAGGAAUCCUCAGACAGCAGUGAUGGUGCUGUUGGUCGAUCGAAAAAACUGAAGAAGAGGAAGCAUUCAGAUGGAAAUGAUUCCAGUAGUUCUGGAUACAGGAGCAAGCGACCAUCGGUCAACUACUCUCCACAGGCUUUCAAACAUAUGUUUGAUGAAGGUGAUGAUAACAGAAAAAGCAGAAAAGCUCAAAGAAGACAUAAACAUGAUGAUGCUUUCAAGAAUAUGAUCCUUGGUGUCCAUUAUAUUGUAGUGGGAAGAUUUAAAGGUUCCAAAUCUAUGCAGGUGAAACUAAGACGUCCCAAAAUAAAUGGCCCAUCAAUAAACGUUCAUGAUUAUUUUGCCUUUCAUUUGGAAGAGAAACGUCUGUUUGAUAGAGCUGUUCAUCGUCAGCUCACAAGACCAUCUUCAGCAGAGUCGACUUCCACGAUAUCUGAGUACUUGAUGGAAAGCAGGAUCAUUAACUGUAAGUCCUCAGAAAGUGAGCUGUCAGAUAUACCUCUCGAGUACCCGUCCUCAAGGGCUUCAACACCUGCCUUUGUGCUGGAUGAAAGGACUGGAAAGUUUCGGUCGAAUCAGAAAAAAAACUACAGUGAUAACUGCACAGAAAUAUGUUUAAGUGACUAUCCUAACUUGAACAAACCCUUAGAAACAUGGAUUGAAGAAUCCACAUCACUGUCUCAUGAUGAAUCAUCAAAAACUGAGGAAUGUCCAAAACAGUGUGCAUCUGAAAAACAAACUGUACAUGUGUGUAUUGAGAAGAUCGUCAGUGACUGUGCUACAUCCACUGCUUUGCCAUCAGAAAGUGGUGGCACACCUCUAACAUCUGACAAGAACACUCAGAAAGAAAGUCUUGUUCAACAGUCCUUUCCUACCAAACAGGACACAUCAAGCAAAUUAGAUUCAGCUAUUAUGGAGACCUAUCCUGACAAAUAUUUUCCUGUGAAAGAUAUUACCACAGAGCACACAGUAUAUCAUGUUCAGCAUCAAGCGUUCCCAACAGAAGCUGUGUAUCGAACUCCGAAGCCAAGCUAUCUAGAUUCUAACAUUGUUGAUAGUUAUCACAAAAACCAGAUCAGUGCUCAGUACUUGCCAGGUUACAGCUCAGGGCAACCAUACACUCAUUCUCUUCCACGACAGGCAGUGCAUGACAGUAGCUCAAGUGAUUCCUGUGGCGAGGCUCUUUUUCGGCCUAAUCAUCAAGUGAUUGUUAAACCUCACCACAAGAAGCAAAAGGCAAAAUCACCUUACCGUUCAUCAAAGGUGUCAUUUGUACAAGACAAGAAAGGAAAGAGAAAGAGUUUAACACCUAAUCAGCGUCUUGGUGUUGCAUUUCUCUCUACAAGGCACAGGAGGAAAAAGUCUAAUGGUGGCAGUUGCAAGUUGAUGAACAGUCUGUCAGUAUUACACCAAGCUACUCUGGCCAACCUGACAGAUACCAUCUCCUAUGCUGAUGGCACAGAUGAUUAUAAGACAAAGUAUGAAGAUGUGAUGUAUAAGCUGGCUCUAGUGUCGCCACCUCAGUCAGAUAAAGGAGAGACAUCUCCUCCCAUCCCGCUCUCACCUGAAGAUGGGGAUAAAGAUAUGCUACUCAAAGUCCAUGACAAACCAAAGUCUACUUCUGAUAACAACAGCCAGAUGGAGAAACACCCUCCUACUGGUCUAUCUGUUCCAUCCACGUCAGCCAUUCCAUCUACCUCAGGAGCCUCUGCUCAUGUGUCCAUGGACUCCAUUUAUGAAACCCCCUUGUCAAGUGUUGAGAACAAUAAAGAGACCAGGUCCCCAGAAGCAUCGGUCUCUGUAGGAACUGAAUCAGACUCAUUGCCUGAUUUGAUUGAGACCAAGAUGCCAGUCGUAGUUGAGACCUCCGAUGUGGUUGAUAUCAAAGCUUCCACUUUGGUAAAUGACCAACAGCCAGAUCUAGAUGAUGCCAAAAUGGCUGACUUCAGUGAGACCAGAACAUCAGAUGCAGCAAGUUCAGAAGGUGAAGUAGUCUCAAACCAAGUCACAUGUUCACAGAAAUUAAAGACAGCUGUGGUUCUAGUGAAACCUCUGUCAGUAUCAGAUAUCGACAGGUUGACUAGGGAACUGAAGCAGAAGAAGUAUAGCUGCUCCUCACCUCCAAACCUGGGUUCUCCAGUCUGUAAUGCCCGGUACCGGAGGCUGUCGGGAUCCAGCUCAGAAGCGAGUAUUUUCCAUGACAGUGGAAGGACACCUCCCCCCUGCCUCACCCCUCACCGUUCUCCCCGGGUAUCUGACUGUACCCUUAGUGAUUGUUUUGCUGACUCCCAACAUUCUUGGAGGUCAGACAAAAGUCGAGAUUCCAGUGUUCCUGGUAGACUCAGUGGCCAAACUUCAGUUUCAUCUGAUAAAGUGUCUUUCAAAAGUGUUAAUAAAUCCAAAUGUGAGAGCUCUGUCUCAUUUCGGCCUUACAGUUCUGUGACAAAUAGUCCGGCCAAUACACAAGCUUGCUUAAAUGAGCUUGCAAGCCUCUCCCAUGAUUCAUCCUCAAACCAGUCGCGAAAUUCAGACACAAAUAUUUCGACUGAUUCAAAGAAAGAAAACUGGUCAAUGACAAAUGGUUCCAAGGCUAAAAUCGCAGAUAAAGGUGCUUCAAAUCCAAAGUAUAGUGAACUGAAGUUGAGUGUCAGAAACUUACUGACUCCAAGAGAGAAUGCCAUAAAUGCAAGUACCCUGCCGGAACAUUAUGACAUGGAUUGUCCUGUGGUUAUAAAGACAUCACAGUACGAAGACAUAUCAUCGGAUGAAGAUGAUGAACCCAUGGAUGCUACAAGGAAGAGACCCAGGAAGCAAGCAUGUCAUUCUGACCCACCAGAGGACAAACCCAAGAAGAACAAGAAUGGUGGCAGGGGAGGGUACUCUGGAAGAGACUCUGACGGAUAUUCCCAGGGUUCCAGUGGUGGGGGCAGUGGAGGAAGUCUGCCCAACCCGGAUGUAUACUUUGGCUCUGUGGUGCUUAGACCGGAGACAUACCCUCCUACCAGGGAUCUUGUGUCAGUGUCAGCUCCCAUGUAUGGGCUGUACAGCCACACUGCCCAGAGCGCAUACUGCAGCAACCCUGAUGACUUACCAGAUAAGCCCAGGGAACUGGGUGGGACACUGUUGAAGCUUGAGUCAAACAGGGUGAGGAACUUGGAGGAGUUUGAGACGUCUGCUGGUACAGAAGGACUUAAAAAUUGGAGAUCAGUAUUUGCAGCUGACAAUAAUUUGUUUUCCUCUCAGUCUAUUGAACCUUUGUGGGAGAAAUUGGAUAAGGACCCUGAAUUUAAGUUUAUGUUAAGUGAAGAUAGAUAUGUCACCAUCACACCUUGCAGUCUGCCACCUCGGGGUGCUGAUGUAAAACGCUGGUAUGAAGCUAAGGCAUCUCGGAUCAAAACUGACGCUAAGACAGAGACGAUCACAGUCACAGGCACAGAUCAUGGUAAUAGAUCUGAGGAAAAGGAGAUGGAGGAGUAUGUACAUUUUAGUGAACUGGCAGCAGAGAUUACUGUGGAGGAGUCUCGAACUGAUGAUGAGUCAACACUUGUUGGUACCAGGAAUGUUUCCAGUGAAAGUGACCCAUCAGGGGGUACUGAUGGUGGUACAGAUAUGCAGGUUAGACCUCCGAGUGGUGUUGGUGGGGAGAGACACUGGAGACAUUGGUACAUUGUUACAGGAAAAGAUCCUGCUCAGAUUAGUUAUGUGAGUGAUUCUGAAGCUGGUGAAGAUGACUUGGCAUGUAUGAGCAGACCUCAGUCAGGGAUGAGUGCAUAUGAUGCUGACACAGAGGUGGAUCUGAAUGUUCCGGAUGAGGACUCGGGAGCACAUGCAGACUUACCUAAUCCUAGACAUCGCAAAUAUGCAAAUACUUAUGAUAGCAGGGAUGUUAGGAAAGAUGAGGAAUCUACUGAAUAUGUGAAAGUUGUGGUUGAAGAAGAUUUCAGUUUUGGAAAAGAUUCAGCCAGAUGUGAUCAAAACAGGACUGUUUGUCCUGAAGGCGGGGCCAGCAGCCAGCAGUUUGUGGAGGAAAUCUCUAGUGUAGGGGAAAAAAACGUGGACAGAUCUGAACAUGAUUCUUCACCUCCAGUACAGAUUGUUCAUUUGAAGAAGACCGUGUCCGAUGGGGAUGUGGUUAAAACUGACUCGAGUGUUAAAGAAUUAUCGUCCCAGCCCCCUGUCCAUAGCACCCCAGUACGGCGCACAUCCAUUGAUUGGUCAGACCCAUUAUGUACUCCAAUCUCGACCAAUCGUGAUAAAGCAGUUGCCGGCAGGAGUCAUGACAGUAGUCCCUUUGUGACCCCCAGGAAACCAGGCCCUAUACGCCGACUCUCUUCCAAUACUGAAAGAUCCUUACGCAGGUCAAUUCUUGCCUCGCAAUUAAAGAGCCAGCUGGCAACUCCAACACCCAAGCGUAGCACAUCCCAAAUAGAUGGCCCCACUCCCAAGAACACCUAUGGAUUUAAACUUACACAACAAAACUACCAAGAUGCUAAAGCUUUACAUGAGCAUCAGUUCUUGACUGUCAUGAGUAUGGAAGUUCACGUUGAGACACGCGGUGAUCUGCGACCUGACCCAGAAGUUGAUACUAUGCAGGCCAUCUUCUAUUCUAUCUUUGAUGAUGUUCCUCCUUCUAAAGGAGAACGCCACAUCACAGGAGCUAUCAUGGUAGAUGUGGCGUCUGCUCGGGCUGCUCAUAUACCCAAACAGCGACCUGUCUCUCCAAAGCCAUCAACACCAAAGGCUCAACCUGAACCUCAGCCUUCAACAUCCAGGGCUGGAUCUGAACCGAAACCAGGAACUUCCAGGUCCAGUGAUGAAGCUGAUGCAUCAGUGGAUAAAACCCGCAGGCAGACAGCUUCCAUUUUGAAGAAGUCGGGAGUAGAGGAUAUCGACACUGAAUAUGUUACAAAUGAAACAGAACUUGUUGAGAGCUUUGUGAGACUAAUUCAGAAAUAUGACCCUGACAUUGUGGUGGGCUAGAUACAGAUGUUGUCCUGGGGCUUCGUCCUGCAGCGGGCAACUCACCUUGGCACCGACCUUUGCACCAGGAUAUCCCGCACACCAGAUUCUAAGGCAGGGAAUCGUGCCAAGGCAGGCGGGAAUGAGUGGGGUGCAGACUACACAUCAGAGAUCAACAUCACUGGACGGAUUGUCCUCAACCUGUGGCGUCUGCUUCGACACGAGGUGACCUUGAACAUCUACACUUUUGAAAACACUGCAUUCCAUAUCUUACAUCGACGUGUGCCCCUGUACACGACCCGCACACUCAGCCUGUGGUUCAACCAUAGGGCCCACCACUACAGGUGGCGUGUGGUGGAAUACUAUGUGACAAAGGUCAAGGGUGUUCUACAGAUGAUGGACCAAUUGGAUCUUGUUGGGAAGACGAUCGAGUUUGCCCGUGUAUUUGGCAUUGAGUUCUACCAUGUUCUCUCAAGGGGAUCACAGUACCGUGUGGAAUCCAUGAUGCUGAGACUGGCCAAGCCCAUGAACUUCCUUCCAGCAUCCCCAGGUGUGGAGCAGCGUGCACGUCAGAAAGCCCCGGAAUGCAUCCCGCUCAACCUGGAGCCGGAGUCUCGCUUCUACACCCACCCAGUUGUGGUACUUGACUUCCAGUCCCUCUACCCCUCCAUCAUGAUCGCCUACAACUACUGCUUCUCCACCUGUCUCGGCAGGAUCCAGGGUCUUGCUAAAGCCCAUGAGGGCCCUUUUGAGUUUGGAUGUACAUCACUGAAAAUAUCACCAUCACAGCUAAAGAAACUGGAGAAGGAUGUGACAAUAUCCCCUAAUGGUGUUGUGUUCCUGAAGGACCAUGUCAGACAGGGUAUCCUGCCCAGGAUGGUGGGUGAGAUUCUCAAGACCCGGCUCAUGGUGAAGAAGGCAAUGAAAGGCUAUAAACAUGACAAGACUCUAUACCGCCUGUUGAAUGCCCGACAACUGGGCCUGAAGCUGAUUGCCAAUGUCACGUAUGGCUACACAGGAGCCAGCUUCUCUGGGAGGAUGCCAUGUAUAGAGGUUGGUGACAGUAUAGUGCGGAAGGCAAGGGAGACCCUGGAGAGAUCUAUCAAACUCGUGGAGGACACACCCCAGUGGAGGGCAAGGGUCGUCUAUGGUGACACAGACAGCAUGUUUAUCCAUCUAGAAGGUCGAAAUAAAGAUGAAGCAUUUCAGAUCGGCCAAGAAAUUGCAGAUGCUGUCACAGCCAUGUUCCCAAAGCCAAUCAAACUGAAGUUUGAAAAGGUAUACAUGCCAUGUGUCCUGCAGAGCAAGAAGAGGUACGUGGGCUUCAGCUAUGAGACUGUGGACCAGAAGGAGCCAGUGUAUGAUGCCAAGGGUAUUGAAACAGUCAGACGAGACAACUGUGCUGCAGUUUCCAAGGUGCUGGAACGCUGUAUCAAGCUGCUGUUCACAACCAGAGAUGUGUCACAGGUCAAGGCCUUUGUUGAGCGCCAAUGUCAGAAACUCAUGGAGGGUAAGGUCAGCAUUCAGGAUUGCAUCUUUGCCAAGGAGUUCAGAGGCAUGAUGGGAUACAAGCCAGGUGCAUGUGUGCCAGGACUGGAGAUUGCCAAAAAGCUAAUGCGACAAGACCGCCGUGCAGAGCCUCGUGUUGGCGAGAGGAUACCCUAUGUUAUUGUGUAUGGAAGUCCAGGGCUACCACUCAUCCAGCUGGUCAGACACCCCAGCGAGGUUCUGCGUGACCCAACACUGCGCAUCAACGGCACUUACUACAUCACCAAGCAGAUCCUGCCACCACUACACAGACUCUUCUCACUGAUUGGAGUUGACGUCUUUGGAUGGUAUCAAAGCAUGCCAAAGGUGAUCCGUGUUGUGCCACAGGCCAUCGUGUCCGGGGACUCAAAGAAGGGCACCAUUUCCCAGUACUUCUCUGUAAGUAACUGCCCUGUCUGUGACGAGCAGACAAAGCAGCCAAUCUGUGCCAAGUGUAUGCUGAACCCACAGAUGGUGGCUGUCACACUGAUGGACAAAAUCUGGCGCUGGGAAUCUGUCUAUGAGAGGCUGGCAGAGGUAUGCCACACGUGUAUGGGAGCGCAGGACACGACUCAGCCCUGCAUCUCUCUGGACUGCCCAAUACUGUUUCGCAGAAACCUGGCCAGGAAUGAUGUCUCCCGUGGCGACCAUCUCAGGCAGUGCUUGGAAAAGGUUCUACCAUUCUGAUAUUGUCCCCAACAGUGAUAUGUGAUUUGAGCUCUCUUCAUAUGUUCUUGGGCUUAGCGAAAUCUUGAAUAGAUUCUUCAGUAAUGGGUGGAUUGUUGAAGAUUCUCCAGAAAUAGGUGGAUUGUCGAAGAUUCUUCAGAAAUGGGUGGAUUGUCAAAGAUCAUUCAGAAAUAGGUGGAUUACAGAAGAUCCUUCAGAAAUGGGUGGAUUGCAGAAGAUCCUUCAGAAAUUGGUGGAUUGCUGUAGAUACUCCAGAAAUGGGUGGAUUGUGGAAGAUUCUCCAGAAAUGGGUGGAUUGUGGAAGAUUCU